CGCACGCGGUGAAUGAGGAUGUAAAAAGCUUUCUAACAAAUUACGCCGAAGAAAACGCUGUUCUUCUUCCUGGCAGGAUACCAGGUUUUAAGAAUGACGACAUCAAGCUGCUCUCAUCGAGUGAUACCAAAAUGUCUGUUUGGCGCGAGUUUAAAAAAGCAUGUCUAGAAACUGAAAAGCAAGCGGUCUCCUACACUAAGUUUAUUGAUCUGUGGCAGCAGUUUCACCCGGACGUUGUUGUAGCAAAACCUAUGUCCGACCUAUGUAUAACCUGCCAGCAAAACACCUCUAAGCUACUACGAUCUGCUAACCUUCCGGACCAGGAAAAAUCCGAGUGCGUUCGAGCCCAGCACGAGCAUCUGAAUUGUGUUCAAACGGAAAGAGAGCUAUAUAAGAGAGUCUGCCAGGAAGCGAAAAUCAACUUUCAAACGAUUGAAGACCAAAUAGAUUUGGACGAAGCUCACCAAGCCUGUUCCCUGCAGACAACAGUUCAUUAUUCUUUCGACUUUGCCCAGCAGAUCCAUAUUCCUAGCAAUCCUAUGCAGCCAGGACCCAUUUAUUUCAAGACACCCCGUAAAUGUGGAAUUUUCGGUGUCAUGUGCAAAGCAAUACCCCGACAAGUAAAUUAUCUAAUUGAGGAGGCGAGUGACGUUGGUAAAGGAGCUAACACCACGAUCAGUUAUGUUCAUCACUAUUUCCAAAACCACGGACUUGGCGAAACACAGGCACAUCUUCACGCAGACAACUGCUCGGGACAGAACAAAAACAAUUAUUUUAUCUGGUAUCUAGCAUGGAGAACGAUCCUGCGGUUGCAUGAUUCCAUUAAUUACUCUUUCUUAAUUGCCGGCCAUACGAAGUUUGGUCCCGAUCGCUGCUUCGGGAUAAUCAAGAGAUCUUAUAAAGUACAGUUUGUGUCAUCUUUGUAUGAGUUUGCAGACAUAGUCGAGGGUUCAAGCACCAUUGGUGUCAACAAGGCACAGCUGGUUGGUACACACGACGGAAGAACCAUUGUUACAGCUUACAACUGGUCUUCAUUUCUCGAUAGGUACUUCAACAAACUGCCGAACAUUAAAAAGUACCAUCAUUUCAGAUUUUCGAAAGACGAACCUGGAAAAGUUUACUUUAAAGAAUUUACCACUUCUCCCGAACAGUCACGAACGCUGCUGAAAAACAGUGACCUCGCUAUCCUGCCGCCAGCAUCCAUGCUGCCACCCAUGAUUAACCCUGAAGGAUUAAGUCAAGACCGAAAACAGUAUCUCUUCCACGAGAUUCGAAGAUUCUGCAAGCCCGGAACAGAGGACCUUGUGGCUCCACCUCCUUGAAUUCUACCAGAACAAGACAAUGCAUUCAGCAGGGAAAAUCCUGUAUCUCGAACGUUCGACGUUGCACUGCAGAUAAUAAACAAACGGCUCCUUUAGAGAGCACAUGAUGAUUAUGACUUGUUAGUCUUUUAAAAUAUUUUCUCGAAGUGUAUUUAACAGUAAAUUUCUUGACAUAACACGUAUGAACAGUUUAUCAGUACUGCUGUUUACUGGCGGCA